CAAGCCACAGAUUUAAAUAGCAUCAACUUGUUUGUAAUCGGGAUAUCGCAUGAGAAUAUCGCGCUUUUAAAAAUGAAUUUUCAAGGAUACGGCGCACCAGCUGCUGGCGGGUUUGCGGGUGGAUUUCCUGGCCAGCAACAGGACCCUCUGUAUGGAUACUUCACUGCAGUCUCUGGUCAAGAUGGCCAAAUAUCUGCAGAAGAACUUCAAACUUGUUUGACCCAGGCCAACUUCUCUGGUGGCUACAGACCUUUCAAUCUUGAGACAUGUCGGCUGAUGGUCAGCAUGCUUGAUAGAGACAUGUCUCACUCAGUGGGCUUCAAUGAGUUUAAGGAGUUGUGGGCGGUGCUGAACGGCUGGAAGCAGCACUUCACGAGUAUUGACCGAGAUGGGAGCGGUACAGUCGACCCACAGGAAAUGAGCCAGGCCUUCACUUCCAUGGGUUACAGGUUGAGUCCUCAGACCAUGAAUACUAUAAUAAAGCGUUUCAGCUCUAAUGGAAAGAUCUCGUUUGAUGAUUAUGUUGCAUGCUGCGUCAAACUGAGAAGCAUGACCGAUCUGUUCAGAAAGAGGGACCAGGCUCAACAGGGAAUGGCAGCAUUUCAAUAUGAUGAUUUCAUCCAGUGCACCAUGAGCAUCUGAUAGAAGGUUCUGGAUUCAUGCUUGGCUGCAGAAAAUUAUACUUUUGUUCUUUUUUUAUGUGCAUUUUUAAACCGUUUACUUGCAUGUUCUAACAUGUCCUAUUUAUAAACACAGUUAUGCAGACUACCAUUAUUCAGAUUAACUACAACAUUAGCAAUCUAUACAGUAAUGAUAUUUACAGUCUAACCAUUCGUACAAAAUUGUAACUUUUAGGUCUUGCAUUUGGGUUGGAUACAAUUUAUUUCCCUGCAUCUUAGCAAUUGAAACCACGAGUAUGAGUGUGAAUAGUGUUACUCUACGAUACCUUCCAAAUAACUUUUGAGUCAUUUUAAAUUAAUGUGUCAGCACUUAGCAUAUGUACUUGCAAUGCAUGUCUAUGUCAUGUUCAGUCAGAAGUAUGGUCUGCUCAAUUUCAAAUGUGAUUCAUGUCUAUUGAGUGCUGCUAAUGUAUUGCUAAAUAAAGGGGAAAUAUAUUUGGUCAAAGAAUUCAUAACCCUACAGUCACUGUCUGUCAUUAGGAGUGGGCGAUAUGUCCAAAAUCUUAUAUCAUGAUACGAGCAAUUUUACAUCACAAUAAAGAUCUAUAUAUCAUGAUAUAGGCAUGGGGCCUGGCCCUGUCCUUCUCUGUCACAUUCCUCCUACCUUUGCCUCAGGCCUGGGAACCCCUGUCUGUCAUGUAUGUCCUGUGUGUCAG